GUCCAUUUGUUCCUGAAUCCUGAUCUGAUCUGAUGGAGGACGACAUUUACCUUGAGCCAGACACGAUUGCAGCGAGCAUUGCUGCGUUUGCCCCGCAUCUGAUGCCGGCGUCCAGCGUCAUCAAACCCGCCCCCGACAGCAGCAAAGCCAAUGCCCCUGCCAGCGACAGCAAGAGCACAGGCGGUGCUGCUGGUGCUGCGGCAGCGGCUUCUGCGCAGGAAACUAAAGGAAUCUCUGCUCCUCCGGCAGCCCAAGCAGGGAUUGCCCGCAGCCCGAGCACCGACGCUACAUCAUCAUCAGCAUCAUCAUCAUCAGCAGCAGAGGAGCCCAAAGCCGGCCUCGACUCGGCACAGACGGAGCAGUCUGCGGCCGAAGGAUCGUCGACGCCGAGCGACCAGCGCGAGCGGCGAAUGGGCCGAGCGAUUGGCGACUACACUGCGGAGACGACCGAGGAGCUGACGCUGCGCGCUGGCGAUGUGAUUGAGGUCGUGAUGCAGGUCUCUGGCGGCUGGUGGGAGGGCUUCCUCAACGGCAAGGUCGGCUGGUUCCCGUCCCAUCUCGUCCAUCUCCUGCCUGCUGCUGCUGUUGCGGUUGUUCGCUCGCCCAGCAACGAACCCUCCGCGCCGUCCGCCUCGCCCUACGUCAAGGCCCUCCCCGCUGCCAUGUUCGAAUACGCUCGGGCAACCUACACUUACCAGUCAAACAAGCCAGAUGAGCUGCCGAUGCACAAGGGCGAUAUCAUCCGCGUGUUGCGCAAGUUUGACGAUGGCUGGUGGGAGGGAGAGACAGUGUGCGACGACCCGAAGCGAGGCAUGUUCCCGUCCAACUAUGUUCGAAUGUCGUCCACGGCUCUGGAUCCCGUGCAGCUUCAGCAUCUGCUUGCCAGCAACGGAUCGUCUCUGAGCAGAAGCAACAGCAAGGUUUUGUCGUCCAAUCAACAGCGUGGUUCGCGAACGUCCCAAGGCUCGGAAAAGCUGUACGCGACCAUUGGCGAGGCCACCAGUCACCGUCACCAGCAGCAGCAACAGCCACUCCAGCAUACCGGGGAGCAAAUCUACGCCUCGCCCGACGAUGCAACGGAGAACGAUUACGCUCUCCCGGACUCUGUGCGGGGUGCCGUCAAUUACACUGCAUCCGUAACCUUGUCAAAAGACCGCGCGUUGGCCAAACCCACCACGCUUGGCCGCGACAGCGACAUUGUGCCAGAUGCCUUUGGAGCUCAACUCAAUCUGACGCAACUUGACUCGGCAUCCUCCAGCAUUUCGAAUCUGCGCAUUGGCGGCGCCGCCACCAUGUCGGCCAUCUUGCCCGCAGCGAACGACGAUGUGGGGUACCCUGGGGCCUUUAAAAAUUCAAACGGCUUUGACGCUACGCUGCCCGACAUGCGCCACUCGGUGGCAGUGCCAGGCCAGGAUGCUCCGUCCACGCGGCACCCAUUCGGCCACAUUUUGCAGCGCUCGCAAUCGGACGCUCAAGCCGCCUUGAACGGCGACCAUCCGUAUGCCCGUGUCCACAAGGAUGUGUCUCACUCGCAAGAAAAGGCGGCUCAGACACAGCAGCAGCAACAACGACAACAGCAACAACUUCAGCAACAACAGCCUCAACCGCACUAUCAUGGAGCGGAUGCGCGUGAAGACAACUUCCCGUUGAUUAACGCUCAAUGGAGCAAAAUUGCCCAGCUGCGGCGAGAGAUUCAGGAGCAACUCACGACCGACGUGACGCAGCUGGCCAUGAAGGCCUCCAACGUCCAAUCCGCCAUCACGGGGAACAUUGAAGCGGAUGCCUUCCUCUGGGAGAUGCUCCAACAGCUCCGCAUCCUUCGUGCGUGUCUUGACUCGGUGGAAAGCACCCUCGUCAAGAUUCUGCCCUUGGGCACGUCGCCUGGCUACGAAAAGACGAAACGUGAAGACGCACAGCGCCAGUCACUGCUGGCGGCACCUUCUGCCCACACGCAGCAUGUGUCCCAGCAGGACAGUGCUCACUUGGGGGCGCCAGAGCAAGACCCCCAGCAGCGCUUGUCGGCUCGCAAAGAGGUGUCCAGUGUCAUGUUUGCUGCCGUUUCCACCGUCAAGCGUGUUGUGGUGGAUGCUGGCGCCGCUCCAGCAGCUCCAGUCUCCUCCUCCUCCUCCUCCUCCUCCUCCUCCUCCUCGCAGACUCAGACUCGCCCCGCUCCCAGCACCUCUGCCCCUGCUGACGACGAGCCAGUGUUUGUUGCGACCGUGACCAAGGCCACACGCAUCAGCACCAAUCCCACGCGUCCCGCUGACGUCCCCACCACGACGCCUGCGGCCUCAUUCGCCGCAUCCAGGUCGGCAGAGAGCAUCCCCUCGCACGAAUCGGCUUCCCUCACUGCAUCGGACAUUCGGCGCAUGUCAAAGCAGUCUUCGGCCCAAGAUGUCAGCACGAGCCACGGCUCGUCCGCGGACGAAUUGCCUGCAAUGUCCAAGAGCAGCACGAGCAUCCCAUCCGAAACUGCCGCCUCCACCCCACCGAAGGGAGCCGGUGGCAUUAGCGGGCGUCGCGCAUCGGCGGAUCACCUUCGCUCUGGUCCCUCGGACAGCUCGUUUGACCGCACGAGCAACCACUCAUUCCGGCCCGCCAACGCCUCCUCGUCGACGUCGUCGUUGUCCGGCACAGCGUCGCCCAGCUCAAGCGCAGGCCAUCAUCUGCCGCGUGCCUUGCGAUCACCCUCCGCGUCGUCAUCUCCGGCCCAAGCGAAGGCCAACGCGCAUGCGGCUGAAGCAUCUCCGUCCACAACUGCAGCUGGUGACGCGUCCGUGCGCUCCCACACCAAGGCGUCUCGUCACACUUCGGCUUCCGCGUCCUUCUCCUCGUCGGCGGCAGGCAUGUUCUCCGACGACUCGCCCAACAGCAAGGAGCGCGGCCGCCUUGCGUCCGUCUCGGAGAGCUUUGAGCGAAGCAAGCCGCGCGAGCAAUCCAAGAGCAUGUAUGGGCGCCCUCCAGGCAAGCUCAACUCGAAUCUCCUCGCCAAGUUUGACAAGGACACACCGAAAGCAGCAGCGUCCCCAUCGGCUGGCAGCAAGUAGUGGGUCCACUUUGAGUUUUUUUUUUCCGUAUGAUGAUUCGUUUGUUUGUUGCAAGGGUUGUUGUUGAUGUGUUGUUGGAGUCAUUGCUGUAGUUGCUGUUUUUGGAUGUCGAAAAAAAAAUGUCAUUGUUGCUUUGGUCC